GAUGACAUUCACGGUUUUAUGAUUCUGCAAGCACACAUCCAGGAUUGUUUUCGACUUGCCGACUUAGUGCUUUCGUGUGACCGGUUGUAAGUUUGUUAACGAUUGAUUAUAGACUUAAGUGUUGUUACUGGCCAUAUUGGACCUGUUGUGUGACGGAUACAUUUUUAACGCCUUUUUUUCUGAAUACAUUAAUAAGUAAGAAACUUCACGAAGAUGUCUGCUUCUAAAUAUAUCGUGGCGGAGGAUUCUGGUACAUCUAAAUGGAAAUUGGCAUUAGCUUUCGGAGGAGCUGCCUUCCUAUGUGCAGGCAUUUAUUACAAAUUUUAUGCCAAUUCUGAAUCAACUAGAGACAAGAAACCACCAAAAAAGCCAUCGAAGACCUCUGGCAGUUCUAAAGCAAAGAAUGGCACUGCUAAAUCCACUGUUGAUGACCAAACUCCUCUGGGCAUAGCAAUGAAGCAUAAAUCUACAGGGAACAGCCACUUUUUGAACAAGCGCUACACUGAAGCCAUUGAAUGCUACGAUGCUGCUAUUAAGGCUUGUCCACCUGAAGCCGCACAAGACCUAGCUACUUUCUACCAAAACAAAGCUGCUGCCAAUGAAGCACUGCAAAACUGGCCUGAAGUUCUAAGUUCCUGCAGUUCAGCUCUGGAACUGAACCCUCGAUACUCGAAAGCAUUAACAAGACGUGCAAGGGCAGCUGAAGCUCUUCUUGAUUUGGAUCUAGCAUUGGAAGACUACACUGCACUCUGCAUCAUUGAGUCUUUUGCCAAUCAAGAGAGCCUAGUUCUUGUGGAUAGAAUACUAAAGGAAAUUGGAAUGGCUCAUGCCAAAGAGGUAUUUGGUGUUCCUCGAAAUCAGCUGCCAUCCAAGAACCACAUCAAGCCUUACUUUAAUGGCUUUUGCAGUGACCCUGUCUUCAAAGAGGUGCUCAGUGAAAAAGAGCCAGCAGAUGAAGAAGCUGAGAAGCAUGCUGUGUCCAACGGGUAUCUGCGUGCUGUUCAGCACAUGCGGGAGGAGCGCUACGACCAAAUCCUCGAGUGCUGCAGCAACGAGCUCGCCAACCCUCUGUCGCCGUACAGGGCACGCGCACUGCUGCUCAGGGGCUCCAUGUAUGUCCUCAUGCUAGACAGGGACAACGCGAAGAAGGACUUCAAUGAAAUUGCUGCUAUGGAGUCUGUUCCGUCCGAGUUCAGGACCGUGGCUCUUGCAAAGCUCGGGAGCAUGGAGGUGGCAUUCAACAACAGCGACGAGGCUCUCGUCAUCUACAACCGAGCCCUCAAUAUUGAUGACAAAAAUCCUGAUGUCUACCAUCAGAGGGGACAGAUGUUCCUGAUGUUGAGCAAUAUUGAUGCAGCCAUCGAGAACUUCAAUAAGGUCGUCGAGCUUGCGCCUGACUUUGCCAUAGGUUUCAUCCAGAAACUUCACACGGACUACAGGCAUGCGUGUUAUAAACAUGACCUUUCUGAGGCCAAGAAAGUCAUCGCCGAGUUCGAGAAGGCCAGGACCAGGUUCCCUAAGUGCACUGAACUCUAUCUCCUGCUCGCCCAGAUCUACAUCGACGAGGAGGAAUACAGCAAAGCAGAGGAUCAGUUCACAACCCUGCUUGCCAACGAGCCGGAGAACCCACUAGGCAUUGUGUACCGCGCCAUGCUGCAGGUGCAGUGGAAGAGUGACCUGGACGGCGCUAAGAAGCUCAUUAGGAAAGCUCUUGAAGUGGACCCCAUGUGCGAGCUGGCGCUAGAAAACCUCGCUACUAUUCACGUUCAAACUGGGAACCUGCAGGACGGCGUUGAGCUAUUCAACCGAGCGAUCCCACUGGCCAAGAGUCUGCAGGAGGCGGCUCACUACUGCGCGCUGAGGGACGCGGCUGUGGCGCAGAUCAAGGUGGUGCAGAGGCUCGGCAUCACCUUGCCCAGCCCCUCACAGUUCUAGUGCUCCUGUUCCUUCUUCUGACGUAGUAUCUUUGUUUCACGCUCAAGGAUUAUUAGGAAUGUUUUCUGAUUUUAUUUUUGGAUAUACAUGACAUUCGAGAUUUGUUUUUCCUCAUAUCCUUUCGAACGCAACUUUCGAGUAAAUUUCAGUUAGUUUUUUAGUAGGUUAAGCAUGAUUAAUGCCAUUUAUGUGACAUAUUAAAAUAGGCCUUGGCUUUGAUUUGUGGCCUCCCCUUUGUGGAUGAGCUUAUUCUUGGAUGUGGAUAUAUUCUAUUUGUGCUCGUCUAAUUUGUUCUAAAAAGAUCAGCCAACGUUGAGGAAAGUUCACUGAUUUUUUUUUAUCGGGACCAUUCUGAUUAAUUAUUUCGCUUUCCUUGUGUUAAUUUCGUUGAUUUAAGCGGCAGCCUUUAUGAUGAUUAAGUGUUUUAGAUCGGUGAAAAGAUAUUGUUCAUUUUACAGCAAUUUCAUAUCCCUUGCAAUACAAGUUCCCUGCUUCAUUCAAGUAUAAGUUAUGUGAUUCUAUGGGCCUCUAGAGGUUCUAUUAUCUAAUGUGAUGAAGUCAGUUAAUGGAAGUUACUAUAUAUGUGCGAUUUUUUCCUUACUACGUUGAUUGGCCGCACUUGUUGAGUAGCCAUGCCGUUUAUACGGCCACUUUAAAGUAGGCGUCGGCUCGAUAUUUUCUAGUCGCCUGCACGGCUGAGCUCGUCAUUCCGUAGCCGGUAUGCUGUUUUCCUAAUGAAUGUUUACCGACAUAUUGCCCAACAUACUAGCACAAUGUGUCCUCUUAUUUGCAUCAGACCACAAUGAUUCUGCAUGUCUAUCUUUCAAAAAAUCACUGAUUAAUAUAAUUUUUUCUAAAUUAUAUCGAUCGUUUUUGAACAUGUGCGCCUAUAAAUAGUACUUGGCAUUUAUAUAGAUAUGAAGAUCGUGCAUUUUUAUAUUUCCUUUAACAUUUAUUUUACUUUUGAUUCAAUAUCUGCAGAAUUUAAUCAAUCAUUUAAACGAGUCUUUUUCGUAGAUAAUAUUCCUACGUUCUGAAGACCUUUCAUUAUUAACGAUAUUACCGCAUACCAUUACGGCAGAAUGUCCCGUAGUUAUAUGCUUAUAUACUAGCCUGCUCGUUCAUGACAUAAUGUAUAUACUUUGAAUAUCUUAGCGCAUCUACACUUGAAACGCGGAUGUAAUUAACAGAUCUGUAUGCAUGUGACAGGAUCUAUUGUUGAUUGCAUUUGCGCUAUUUCAGACGACGAUUGUUGAUAGCUUAAUAUUGAUUGUCGAUGCUAGAAUUGAAUAUAGAGGAUCUUGCGAUUUAAGUUUGGCUUUUAUGGAAAUAUACGUUAUGAUUCUUUG